ACAUAACACAACCUAUCUUUUUCUCCUUCAUUUUGUGGUUUAUGUAGUGUGACAAAAAAAAGUAUUCUAAUGUCAAGAAUCUUCCAAAACUGUGUCCUCUUAUGCAAAAAUAAAAAAUCUAAAGUUUUAAACAAAUACAUAUAAAAAUUUUGUUUAAUUUUAUAUCAGAACCCGAAUGUAUCACUAUAGUGCGUUGGCAAAAUUUGGAUAACGAUUGUUCUAUAACGAGGUUGUGUACCUCGUCUGUGAUAUAAUUUUUCAUUUUGUUUACAUAAAGGUUGAAUAAUCGUAGCAAAAUGGUUCUCGCAGAUUUAGGUCGUAAAAUAACAUCUGCGCUUCGAUCCCUCAGCAAUGCAACUGUCAUUAAUGAAGAAGUCCUGAAUUCUAUGCUAAAAGAAAUAUGUGCAGCAUUACUUGAAGCAGAUGUUAAUAUCAGACUUGUCAAAAAGCUAAGAGAGAAUGUACGUCUUGUAAUUGAUUUUGAUGAUAUGGCUGGUGGCCUUAAUAAAAGGAGAAUGAUACAGAGUGCUGUAUUUAAAGAACUUGUAAAGCUCAUUGAUCCUAGAGUAAAAGCUUAUCAGCCUAUUAAAGGACGCCCAAAUAUAAUAAUGUUUGUUGGAUUGCAAGGUUCAGGAAAAACAACUACUUGUACAAAACUUGCUUAUCAUUAUUUAAAGAAAAAUUGGAAAGCUUGCUUAGUUUGUGCUGAUACUUUUCGUGCUGGUGCAUAUGAUCAAAUAAAACAAAAUGCAACAAAAGCAAGAAUUCCAUUUUAUGGAAGUUAUACAGAAGUUGAUCCAGUUACAAUAGCACAAGAUGGUGUGGAAAUGUUUAAAAAAGAAGGUUAUGAAAUUAUUAUCGUUGAUACUAGUGGUAGGCAUAAACAGGAAGAGUCUCUCUUCGAGGAAAUGCUUCAAGUUGCAAAUGCAAUUCAACCAGAUAAUAUAAUUUUUGUAAUGGAUGCAACGAUAGGUCAGGCUUGUGAAGCUCAAGCAAAAGCUUUUAAGGAACGUGUUAAUGUCGGUUCUAUCAUUAUUACAAAACUUGAUGGACAUGCAAAAGGUGGAGGUGCUCUUUCAGCGGUCGCUGCAACACAAAGUCCAGUAAUCUUUGUAGGUACAGGGGAGCAUAUAGAUGACUUAGAACCAUUCAAAACAAAACCUUUUAUUAGUAAAUUAUUGGGUAUGGGUGAUAUCGAAGGACUAAUAGACAAAGUGAAUGAAUUAAAUCUCGAUGAUAAUGAAGAACUACUAGAGAAAAUCAAACAUGGACAAUUCACUUUGAGGGAUAUGUAUGAACAGUUUCAGAAUGUUAUGAAAAUGGGACCAUUCUCUCAGUUAAUGGGGAUGAUUCCUGGUUUCAGUCAAGACUUUAUGUCAAAAGGUACAGAACAAGAAUCUAUGGCAAGACUAAAACGUAUAAUGACUAUUAUGGACAGUAUGAACGACUCAGAAUUGGAUAACAGAGAUGGUGCAAAAUUAUUUAGUAAACAACCAGGCAGAAUUAUAAGAGUAGCACAAGGUUCUGGAGUGACUGAAAAAGAAGUCAAAGAUGUAAUUACACAAUACACAAAAUUCGCUGCUGUUGUAAAGAAAAUGGGUGGUAUUAAAGGAUUAUUUAAAGCAGGAGAUAUGUCCAAAAAUGUAAAUUCGAUACAAAUGGCAAAGUUAAAUCAUCAAAUGGCAAAAAUGAUGGAUCCCAGAGUGCUACAUCAAAUGGGUGGGAUGCCAGGAUUACAAAAUAUUAUGAAACAAUUACAACAGGGUGCAGCAGGAGGACUUGGAAAUUUAAUGGGUGGCUUUGGUGGAAAAUCGUGAAAAAAGAUUUGUUAGGCAAUGCUUUGAUUGCCUUUGAUAUAAUUCUUUGUUAAUCUAGUAAUUGCAGAAGACGAUUUCAUUCGAAUAAUAUUUUCCUUACUUAGAGAUCCCCCAUCUUCUAUCUAUAGUUUCAUUUUUGUUACAAACAAAUUAUCGUGUAAACUAUUAUAUUUACAUUUGCAACAACCUGAUGUAAUUGAAAUCAAACUAUCUUUAUUAUUAAUUUUGAAUUUCAUAAUUAUAAAAGUUUCUUGUUAAAGGACAAAUUGUUUAAUAAAAUAAACAUUAUUUAGUUACAAAAAGAAGGAAAAAGAGCGGGGAAGAAAAGAGAGCAAGGAAUUUAUAACCUAUUACUCUAUGAUGAUGAUCUCUUCAAAAUUUUUAAAAAGUUUAAGAAAAAUUUUAUGUUUACAAAUCUUUUUCAAUGUGAAAGAAAUAAAAAAGUGAUGUUCGUUACCAUGUGUA